AUGGCACUUUUCUUCAGAGCCCAUCAAGUAUCGCUGCUAUUGAUAGCAAUCCUUGCCGUUUCUGGGUUUUUCGGGCCGAGGGUACAAGCCUUUAAAGCGCCCUUUCGGGCCGGAGACAUCUUGCCCCUGCUCCCCAGGCAGGUUUCGUGGCCAAUCUUGAACGCCCUGAACAACGCGGCGGAUUUAUUGCCGUCUUUUGUGGGGGCCGCCACCGCUACCAAUGGUCCCACCACUUUGCACUGGAAAGGAGCUUGCUUCUACAAUAACACCGCUUGGCUGGAGUUCCACAAUAAAUCUGGUAGUGAAUUUGGGGGCGGUACUCUUCAUAUCAAGGUCAGUAACGCACAUAGUUGGACAUGUAUGGACCUCUAUGUAUUUGCAACUCCAUUUCGUGUGACAUGGGACUAUUACCUUCUGUCUCGCGAACACACCCUCGAAUUUAAGGAGUGGGAGUCACAAGCUGAAUUUGAAUACGUAAAAAAUCGGGGGGUUUCAAUUUUUCUCAUGCAAGCGGGAAUGCUGGGAACCCUUCAGGCUCUGUGGGAAGUUUUCCCUCUAUUCACGAACACCGUAUGGGGUGAAAAUUCGAAUCUUGCGUUUCUCAAAAAGCACAUGGGUGCUACUUUUGAAGAACGGCCCCAGCCUUGGGUCACUAAUGUUACCGUUGAGGAAAUCCACUCUGGCGAUUUUCUUGCACUGUCGAAAAUACGAGGUCGUUGGGGUGGUUUCGAGACAUUAGAGAAGUGGGUUACCGGUUCUUAUGCGGGCCACUCGGCUGUCUGCCUGAGGGACUCGGAGGGCAAGCUUUGGGUUGCCGAAUCAGGACACGAGGAUGAGAAGGGAGAAGAUGUUAUUGCUAUUUUACCAUGGGAAGAGUGGUGGGAAUUCGAGCUGACGAAAGACGACGCCAAUCCACAAAUUGCAUUGCUUCCUUUGCAUCCCGAUCUCCGGGCCAAGUUCAACGAAACCGCCGCCUGGGAAUAUGCAACGAGCAUGACCGGAAAACCUUACGGUUAUCAUAACUUGAUAUUUAGCUGGAUAGACACAGUUAGUGAUAACUAUCCAUCACCUCUCGAUGCACACCUGGUAGCAUCUGUUAUGACUGUUUGGACGCAGAUGCAGCCGGCUUAUGCUGGUAACAUGUGGAAUGAAGCACUGAACAAACGACUUGGAACUAAGAACUUUACUCUUUCGGAAGUUCUUGUGGAAGUUGAGAAGCGUGGGUCGUCUUUUGGUGAAUUGUUGGCUAUUCCUGAACGAGACAAUUGGGUAUAUGCUGAUGGGAAAUCAACAUCGUGUGUCGCUUUUGUCUUUGAAUUGUACAAGGAAGCUGGAUUGUUUGGUGAGCUUGCAAACUCUAUUCAUGUCACAGAGUUCACGAUAAAGGAUGCUUACUCUCUCAAGUUGUUUGAAAACAACUCGAGCCGUUUGCCCACAUGGUGCAAUGAUGCAGACACGGUAAAACUGCCAUUCUGCCAAAUUCGAGGCAAGUAUAGGAUGGAAUUACCUGCAUACAACACCAUGGACCCUUAUCCUCACAUGAAUGAGAAAUGCCCUUCUCUACCGCCCAAAUAUUAUAGAACACCCGGCUGCUGA